AUGAGGGGGCGCAACUUUGUGUUGGAGGACCACCGAUGCUUGAACCAAUCGCAUACCAUCUUCUCCGAUGACACCGAUAGUCUUCCCCCCGGCUUCUCGGAUCGUUCUUCGGAUGCCUGUGUUGGGGUUACCGGUAGCCUAAGCGAGGUGGGUUGGUGA